UUUCCCUGGCGGGGGUUUUGGUGAGCAGGCUGGGCCGGGAACUGCUGUGAGUUAUUAGCUCGCGGUAUUGCAGACUCUGAGAGGAGGGGACCCGGUUCCUGGGUGAGUGUCCAGGCAUGCCAGCGGAACGGCCCGUGGGCAGCGGCGGCUCACAAACUCCAGAAAUGGUUGAACAAUUAGACACUGCCGUGAUUACCCCAGCCAUGCUAGAAGAGGAAGAACAGCUCGAAGCUGCUGGACUAGAGAGAGAGCGGAAGAUGCUGGAAAAGGCUCGCAUGUCUUGGGAUAGAGAGUCGACAGAAAUUCGGUACCGUCGACUUCAACAUUUGCUUGAAAAAAGCAAUAUCUACUCCAAAUUUUUAUUGACGAAAAUGGAACAGCAACAAUUGGAGGAACAGAAGAAGAAAGAAAAAUUGGAGAGAAAAAAGGAGUCUUUAAAAGUUAAAAAGGGUAAAAAUUCAAUUGACACAAGUGAAGAGAAGCCAGUCAUGAGAAAGAAAAGAGGAAGAGAAGAUGAAUCAUACAAUAUUUCAGAGGUCAUGUCAAAAGAGGAAAUUUUGUCUGUGGUUAAAAAAAAUAAAAAGAAUGAGGAUGAAAACUCCUCUUCUACUAAUCUCUGUGUAGAGGAUCUUCAGAAAAAUAAAGAGUCGAAUAGUAUAAUUAAAGAUAGAUUGUCUCAAACGGUUAGGCAGAAUGCGAAAUUCUUUUUUGACCCAGUCCGGAAAUGUAAUGGUCAGCCAGUGCCUUUUCAACAACCAAAGCACUUCACAGGAGGAGUUAUGCGAUGGUACCAAGUAGAAGGCAUGGAAUGGCUUAGGAUGCUUUGGGAAAAUGGAAUUAAUGGCAUUUUAGCAGAUGAAAUGGGAUUGGGAAAGACAGUUCAGUGCAUUGCUACAAUUGCAUUGAUGAUUCAGAGAGGAGUACCAGGACCUUUUCUUGUCUGUGGCCCAUUAUCUACACUUCCUAACUGGAUGGCUGAGUUCAAAAGAUUUACACCAGAUAUCCCUACUAUGUUAUAUCAUGGAACCCAGGAGGAACGUCAAAAAUUGGUAAGGAAUAUUCACAAACGGCAAGGGACUCUGCAGAUUCAUCCUGUGGUGGUUACAUCAUUUGAAAUAGCCAUGAGAGACAGAAAUGCAUUACAGCAUUGCUAUUGGAAAUACUUAAUAGUAGAUGAAGGACACAGGAUUAAGAAUAUGAAGUGCCGUCUAAUCAGGGAGUUAAAACGAUUCAAUGCUGAUAACAAACUUCUUUUGACUGGUACUCCCUUGCAAAACAAUUUAUCAGAACUUUGGUCAUUGCUAAACUUUUUGUUGCCAGAUGUAUUUGAUGACUUGAAAAGCUUUGAGUCUUGGUUUGACAUCACCAGUCUUUCUGAAACUGCUGAAGAUAUUAUUGCUAAAGAAAGAGAACAGAACGUAUUGCAUAUGCUGCACCAGAUUUUAACACCUUUCUUGUUGAGAAGACUAAAGUCUGAUGUUGCUCUUGAAGUUCCUCCUAAACGAGAAGUAGUUGUUUAUGCGCCACUUUCAAAGAAACAAGAGAUCUUUUAUACAGCCAUUGUGAACCGUACAAUUGCAAACAUGUUUGGAUCCAGUGAGAAAGAAACAGUUGAGUUAAGUCCUACUGGUCGACCAAAACGGCGAACUAGAAAAUCAAUAAAUUACAGCAAAAUAGAUGAUUUCCCUAAUGAAUUGGAAAAAUUGAUGAGUCAAAUACAGCCAGAGGUGGACCGAGAAAGAACUGUUGUGGAAGUGAAUAUCCCUGUAGAAUCUGAAGUUAAUCUGAAGCUGCAGAAUAUAAUGAUGCUACUUCGCAAAUGUUGUAAUCAUCCAUAUUUGAUUGAGUAUCCUAUAGACCCUGUUACACAAGAGUUU